UUUUUUUUUUUUGAACUGCUGCGAGGAUUACGAGGGGGCUAUGAGGUGGAUAACCAUGGUAAAGAUUGUCAUCCAGGGUUUGAGCUUCCACAAAGCGUUCUGAUCCCAGGUCUCUCGUGUUGCUUGCGGGUCGAUGUUGGCGCGACUGGCGGCUUUCAAGAGAGCUCGACAAGUUCUCUUCGAUUACGUCGCUGAGUGGGAGCCGCUGAACCUUGUUGGAUACACAUCAAUCCUCGCAGGAGAAUAGAGGGUAAGGAGCCCUACAACCCCCAGCACAGAAGGAAGGCAUAGAUGAGAUCGUGUUUGAGUUGAGUUUGGAUAAUGCAGGUAUUGUAGAAUUUGAAGAACUUUUUGCGAUUUCAUGUAACUGUCGAUAGAUUGGAGAUUCUGUGCUAUAUUACAGAGUUUUAUCGCGUCACGGUUCCAGUACAAAAGCCAGUUCGACAGGGUUUUACCGUGAUUUGACAACUAUGAAGUUGUAUGUAUUAUACUCGCCUCCUGCCGUCAGAAAUUACUUGCGUGGCGUAGCUGUGUAGUAACCUGACUGUAAAAGCGCUACAAGAUGGGAAGGGAAACAUCGGGUGGUUAAGAUCACAUUGAUGCUCUCGAUUUUAUCAGUUCAAAUAGUUGCUUUGCUGGCGAAUCUACUGGGUUCGGAGCGAACGAGUGAGGGGUAUGAUACAAGCAGCGAAUCACUGCCUCACUUUUUUAGUAAAUCUGCACCAAUUGUUGAGAAGCUGGACUUAAGUAAAUUACCUAGACAAGAUGGUGCAUUUUGGACAUUACAUGCUAGCCAGCCAAAUACCCGGUUGGGAAGAGUAUUACAUCGGAUACAAAUCACUAAAGAAAAGGAUCAAGCACUACUCUGGUCGUGUUCGUGCGUCAGGUGUGACAGACGAUGAGCGCCAUGAAAUUGUCAAAGCUUUUUCGGAGCUUCUGGACUCUCAGGUAGAGAAGAUCGUGUUAUUUCUAAUUGAGAGGCAAGGUCUUUUAGCGGAGCGUUUGCAAAGAUUGCGCGAACGGAGAGAAGUUGCAUCUCGAGAGUAUUAUGAGGCGGAUGAAUCUGGACUUUGUGAGCCUCCAUGUAGCCCGGUAAUAGUCCCCUGGCAAAUGAUGGAUGAGUAUAGGAAAAUUGGUUACGAUCUCCUACAGCUAUUACAUUUUGUAGAGCUCAAUGCUACAGGGUUACGUAAAAUAUUGAAGAAAUUCGACAAGCGGGUUGGGUUUCGCCUUGGACAUCAAUAUAUAUCCUCAAGGUCCAAUCACCCCUACUCACAGCUUCAACAGGUGUUUCGACAAGUGGGGUUAGGGGCAAUGGUUGCAACUAUAUCUCGUAAUCUUGCUGAGCUAAGACACGAGAGCUUAGAAUCAGCAUCAACAAGUAGUGCUGUUUCUCUCUUCCGCAAUUCUUCCCUUCCUAAGCGAAUUGUGGAGCAGGAGCCUGUUAUUCAGUCUAUUGUAGAGACCAUGCAUCGUUUGACCCAAGAGGUCAGCAUUCAAACGUUCGUGGCAAAUGAGCUUCUCCUUCCAGCUCCGAAUGGCGGAAUAUCUGGGAUGCUCCGGAAGCAGGAGGUUCAUGAUUUCAUGUCUAUACAACUAAAUCUUAUGAAUACCUUCCUCUACAUGGUGAACUACUACAUUGUGGUACCAUCUUCAGAUGAUUACGCCCAGCUACUACAUGCUCCAGCCACUAUGUGUGGAUUUAUCAUAGGGUCCAUGCCUUUGUCGGCUCUGGUAUCCUCACUUGUCUACAGCUGGUGGUCCAAUUUUUCUUACACAGCUCCUCUCAUCAUCAGUACUCUGAUCUUGAUAACGGGAAAUUUGAUGUACGCCUUGGCGCUCUACUUCAACUCCAUUUGGCUCCUUCUCCUCGGGCGCUUUUUGUGUGGGAUGGGUGGUGCGAGGGCUAUCAACAGGAGAUACAUUUCUGACCACGUUCCAAUGAAGCAGCUGACUAGUGCGUCUGCUGCUUUUGUGAGCGCUAGUGCUCUAGGAAUGGCGGUUGGACCAGCUCUUGCUGGUGCUCUUAGUAACCUCAAUUUCGAGAUUCAUGGAGCACCUGUAAAUUUUGUCACUGCCCCAGGAUGGGUAAUGUGCCUUGCUUGGGUUGUAUAUUUACUUCUUAUUAUUCUUUUUUUUAAAGAGCCUGAGAGGCCUGCUCCUUCUGGACCCAUCUCAAGACAAGCCUCUGAAAACAAUCUGGAAGGCAUUCAUGACUCUGCACCGUCUCCAACGUUGAACCAGCCUUUGUUAUCAACAUUAUCGGGAAAUCUUCCGAGUUCAUUGGCUGCUGGGUUGCCCAAGUAUCAGCAAUCAGACGAAGAAGAGGGCGAGAUGGAUGACUCAGAUUAUGGUGAUGAUAGGGCGGUUGAAACAGUGGGUGAGCUUCUGAAGGAGCUGACAAUGCCUAUCAAAAUAUUGUUGUGGAUCUAUUUCAUGCUCAAAUUUGCUUCGGAGCUUCUCAUAUCUGAAUCCAGCAUAUUGACUACGUAUUAUUUCAAUUGGUCAACAUACCAGGUUUCCAUCUUUUUGUCGCUUCUUGGAUUAACUGUACUGCCGAUUAGUGCGGUUGUUGGAAACUGCAUCAGUAACAUCUACGAAGACAGGGUGGUGAUUUUGUGGACGCAAAUCACUACUGGCGUUGGUGUUCUUGCUAUCUUAUGCUACAGCCCCUUUUUCCAUUACACCACAUACCAAUAUGUGGCAGCUGCAGUCGUUAUAUUUGUUUCUACGAACGUUCUUGAAGGAGUCAACAUGUCACUGUUGUCUAAGGCAAUGUCACCACGCUUGUCUAGAGGAGUAUUCAACUGCGGGCUCCUCUCUACUGAAGCAGGUACACUUGCGCGAGCUUUGGCGGAUGGGAUGAUCACCGUUGUAGGAAGACUUGGAAUGGAAAACAUCGUGAAUUACACCAUGCUUCCGACGUUCUUAAUCGUGGCCUUUACAACUACUUACACAUGGGUUGGCUAUUACUCCCUAUAUUAAGUAUUUAUUGUUAUUAUUAUUAUUUUAUUAACUCGUGAGAUAGAGGUCAUUUCUAGAGCGUCUACCAAUUUAAUUUAAUUUCUUCUCUCCUGUUCUCGAAUCAUAACUCUCAUGGUCUUGUCGUUAUUUUUCCUUCGAGUACAUGGGAUGGAAUGAGAGAUAAAGGGUCACCAUUAAACUCCUUUUUUGAUGUUUCCUGAGAAUUGAAAUGGAAGUAGAGGUAUCAACAGCUACCUGCGUAUACUGCACCAUUAUUGGAUAAAAAAACGAGUCUUCUCUGUUGUAGCUGUUAAAAACAAUUGUCAACGGCUUGUACAAUUGCAAUGCAA